GUACCUCUGUGGUUCAAGUGACAGCCACUGAUGCAGAUGAUCCUACUUAUGGCAACAGUGCUCGAGUGGUUUACAGCAUAUUGCAAGGACAACCUUACUUUUCUGUGGAGCCAAAAACAGGUGUCAUCAAGACUGCCCUUCCGAAUAUGGAUAGAGAAGCCAAGGACCAAUACUUACUAGUUAUUCAAGCAAAGGACAUGGUGGGGCAGAAUGGUGGAUUAUCAGGGACUACAUCUGUAACUGUCACACUGACUGAUGUUAAUGACAACCCACCCCGCUUUCCACGACGGUCAUAUCAGUAUAAUGUCCCAGAGUCUUUGCCAGUGGCUUCUGUGGUAGCCAGAAUAAAAGCUGCAGAUGCAGAUGUGGGACCUAAUGCUGAAAUGGAGUAUAAGAUUGUGGAUGGUGAUGGUUUGGGGGUAUUCAAAAUUUCCGUUGACAAAGAAACCCAGGAAGGAAUAAUAACAAUUCAGAAG